AUGGACACACGCUGGCUGUCGCUCGUCUCACCACUUCCGCCGAUGUUCCCACUUCCUCAUCCGCUACCGCAUCCAUUCAGCAUUGGACCGUUCCCACGUAUUCCACUUCUGCCACAAAUAGCACCGUUGAUUAAAAAAGACAAGUCCAAGCAAUUUCUGGUGGAGCAGUUGUUACCAAACGAAGACGAUAAACCGCCGCCUUCGCCGCUGCUACAGAUACCGAGAGCAUUACCUUCGGUACUUCCACCGCAACCACUUGAAUUUGUGAACGGCGGUUAUGGCAUGAAAAAUCCUCUUGCCACCGGAACCACCACUAGGGAUGAUACGACAGCGACAGCCAGCGACCACGGACAGUAUAACUGUCGUGUUUGUGGUAAGAAGUUUGCAUUGCAACGUCUGCUGAAUCGUCACACAAAAUGUCACUCGGAUUUAAAACGUUACCUUUGCACAUUUUGUGGGAAAGGAUUCAAUGAUACUUUUGAUUUAAAACGACAUACAAGAACUCAUACAGGUGUCCGUCCAUACAAAUGUGAGCAGUGCGACAAAUCUUUCACGCAACGCUGCUCUCUAGAAUCACAUUUGAGGAAAGUGCAUGGAGUGCUUCAUAAUUAUGGUUAUAAAGAAAGAAGAAAUAAGGUGUUCGUGUGUGAAGAAUGCGGAUUUACAUCCGAACUGUUCGACGUUUAUGUUUCACAUCUUAAGAUGUUGCAUCCGUUUUCUGCGUCCUUGAUUCGUCUCACAGCACCGCCAAAGAAGCUCCAAGCAUCCUCUCCAGCAACAACAUCAAGUUCGAGCAACUAA